AUGCGCCCAGAGGCUACCCGCGAGAGGGAUCUCUAUCGAUACUAUCAGCCAUGGCUGGACGCUCAAAGCCUCGUCGAAGUCCUCAAUCAAGAGCGAGAGGCAGACACAUGGGGCCUCACGUACAAAGGCUACCAGCCACGAUCCUCCCGCGACAAGGCUCUCACGUCUUGGGCACAACUUGCAACGCUUCGCCUCAACGUCAGACGAGGGAUGGUCUCCCUGAUAGACUCAUCACAGCAAUUUAUAUUGGCCGAGGCGACAAAGUCGCUUUCCCUAGUGUCCGACAAUCGGUUCAAAUUAGGGGAUGAGGUAUGGCUGGGAAACACCAUAAUAGCGAGGUGCGAUGGCGUCUGUCACCAUACCUUCGCGUCCACCUACACUGCCCUGGAAGAGGAUGGUAGUACAUACACCGCAGAGGCACUAGUCGUUCCUGAUUUGCGCCUUGACGACCGCUUCAAGAAUCGAGACUAUGUUAAGGGCACUCCGGGCGUGUACUUUUACGCUGGGGUUCCUAUAAAAACGAAGGCUGGACACAAGAUCGGUGUGUAUGCCGUGUCGAGUGAUAAGCCUCGUUUUGGCCUAGACGCAGACGAAUUGAGGUUUAUGGAAGACGUUGCUGCUACAGUUAUGGAGCACCUAGAAAUGGCAAAAGACCGAGACGAUCGAAACAAUGGGGAGAAAAUGGUGCGUGGUUUGGCACAGUUCAUAGAGGGCAUGUGUUCUACGGAAGAUCUUGAAGAAGACCUGCCUCCAAAGCCACCCCUUCAGAGGACCUCCAGCCUAACCUCAUCUCCACACACUGUUUCCGUGAUGGAACGCCAGACUGAGAACUCUCGAGUUGAUAUCAUCGAUCAAACCGAGGUCACCGAAAUCCCAACUGUGCCGAACAACGCAACUGACCCUCUUCCAAGGGAUGCACCCACAAAUGCAGCCUCCACGCCCCAACCUACUGAGCAUGACGCCGCCAGAGUGUUCUCUCGUGCAGCGCAAAUAAUCCACGACUCUACCCGGGCAGAUGGUGUUGUUUUCUUCUCUACCACCGCGAGCAACCUCAUAGGGCAUUCUCCAGACACGUCCACAUCUGGAAAUCCUAUGGAUGUGACCGAUGAGUCCCCGUCGUCGGUGACUGAUAACGAGAUGCAACCCCUGCAGCGGAGACGCCGUGAUAGAGCGAAUUCAAGAGCCUUAUUAUCAUCUGACAGUGGUACUGGAGAUAACGAUUCCAUUGUACAGAAGAAGAGCUUUUGUCCAGUGGUCGCCUGUUCUAUCUCUGAUGAAACAGCUCACAAGUCGAAGCUCUCCUACAAGAGCUUUGCUCUCACUGAAGAAAGCAUGCAAAGAUACAUCAGAAGAUUCCCGUAUGGAAAGUUCUUUAGCUUUACAGAGCACGGAUCUGGUAUCAGCUCUGGGGACGAAAGCCAUGGCGAGGUCAUGGAUCGUAUUCGUGGGGAUGAUAAACGUGUUAGUUCGAUAAAAAGAUCUAAGCAUGAGCCAUUCGUACCUACGGAGCUUCUGAAAGUUCUCCCUGAUGUUCGGAGCCUGAUUUUCUUGCCACUGUGGGAUUUCUCGGAAGGAAAGUACGUCGCCGGGGCUUUCAUCUGGACUGAUCAGAUUGGCCGUCUCAUGAAUCCAGAUAACGAGUUACCGUAUCUGAAAGCCUUUGGUAAUAGUAUCAUGAGCGAAAUCGCACGCCAAAACGCCCAAAAAUCGGACCUUGCAAAAACCACUUUCAUUGCUUCGAUCAGCCAUGAGUUGAGAUCGCCUCUGCAUGGGAUUCUAGGAUCUGUGGAGUUCCUCCAUGAUACUGUCAUGGAUGCCUAUCAAACGGGUCUGCUCUCUUCCAUCGAAACGUGCGGCAAGACUCUCCUGGACACAAUCGAUCACGUCUUAGAUUAUGCUAAGAUUAAUAAAUUGAGGAAGGCCAACACUCGAAAGAAAACAGGAGCUAUAAGAUCUCGUCGAAAUAGCGGCGUCGAUAGUAACAACAUCAUAGGAUUGACUGUCGACUUCGAUCUGAGUGUUUUAGUUGAAGAGGUCGUCGACGCUGUGUGUGCCGGUCAUGCGUUCAAAAGAGCACACCCCCGCAACUUUCAUGACCCCGACGUAUCGCAGGACGCAUCCGGUCCUCCAAGCUUAGUAGUGACAGCUGCGACUAGUGUUCCCACAACCAGCGCAUCACCACUACCACAAGAAUACGCAGGUGAUGAAGUUUUAGUGGUUCUAGAUGUUGACCCUAGACCAAGUUGGAAUGUCAAAACUCAACCUGGAGCUCUCCGGCGCGUCGUUAUGAAUUUACUCGGCAACGCACUCAAAUACACAAAUAAAGGGCAUAUCAUAGUUUCUCUGAAAGCCGAGGCAGAGACAAAUCCUUCAACCAUCAAUGUUCGACUCCGCUUCGUUGACACCGGAAAGGGCAUGUCAGUGGAAUAUCAACGUACCAAGCUCUUCUCCCCCUUUUCGCAGGAAGACCCUUUCUCGGUUGGAACUGGCCUUGGACUCAGCAUUGUGCGUCAGAUUAUAAACUCACUAGGAGGCUCUAUUACCGUUAAGAGCAUUCAGUUCGUCGGAACUGAUAUCGACGUUGUAUUGAGUCUUCCCAUUGCCGAGAGUCCUGUAAUUCAACCAGAGCCUGCAAUCUCCUCAGUAGCUGCAUCCACGAAAGGACUGGCCCUAUGCCUUCUCCAUCACGACGAUGAAGGCGAGGUUCCACAGUCUGAAAACGCGCGGCUUGUUCAUGCAUCUCUCGAGGAAACUUCUUUACAUUGGUUUGACAUGAAUGUCAUUCGUUCGCCGAAUGCGAACGGUGUCUCUGCGGACAUAUUCCUUUAUGCUGAGCCGCCAUCGUUAGAUACGUACUUGACCCGACAUGGCCCGAUCCCAAAAUCGACUCGAGGGGAUAAUCCAAAGCAUGCCCCCAUCAUAGUCAUUUGCCCGAGUGCAACUAGGGCAUUGGAAUUCAAAUCGUCGUUGAUGGCCGAAGGAAGAGUGGUCGAAGCUAUACCACAGCCUUGCGGACCAAGAAAGCUAGCCAGAGUCCUUCAAAAGUGUCUAGAUGACAUACAUAGCAUCAGCAACGGAACCUACGAUGGCCAGGCGUCAUCAAUACCAAGGAUCGCGUCUGCCCCUCCCAAAGCGUCUCAGCAAGUCACCAAUCCUCCUUCCACGAGCAUCAACAAGGAUCGCCUUGCGAUGGCACCCCGGCGACAAUCAGAACACAUAGACCCGUUAAGUUCUCACCAGGAAGGAGUCAUUACCAUGAGCUCGCUCUCCACCGUCACCAACGCCAAUCCCGUCUCCAACCCACCCCCAGGAAAUAAAUCUCUCCGCCCCACUCCCACCCGCACCCCCUCUGCCCGCCAACCCCAAGACCCCGUCCGCGUCCUCCUCGUCGACGACAACCCCAUCAACCUGCAACUCCUCGUCAUGUUCAUGAAAAAGCACAAACUCCCCUACGCCUCCGCCCGCAACGGGCUCGAAGCCCUCGAGACCUACAAAAGCGCGUGCGAAGACCCUAGCAAACGCUUCGACUUCGUACUCAUGGACAUUUCGAUGCCGGUGAUGGACGGCUUGGAGAGCACACGGCAUAUCCGCGCUUUUGAGGAAGGACGGGAGGUGGCGGCGCCGGCGACGAUCAUCGCGUUGACGGGGCUGGCGAGCGCGCAGGCGCAGCAGGAGGCGUUGCGGAGUGGGGUUAAUCAUUAUCUGCCGAAGCCGGUGAAGUUUCAGGAGUUGAGGGAGUUGUUGGAUACGUGA